AUGCCCUUCAAAAUGCUCGGCAAAUAUGCCAAUGAGCAUGCCCAGCUGUCGGAGCUGGCUAACCCCCUCUGGGAUGGAGGCCCACUGUUUCAACCCGUCAUCCAUGUCUGCGGGCGAGCUCCAGAUGGUUUUGAUAGCCAUGGUCAACCAUGCCAUGAGGGAGGGAUACGGAUAAUUCGCCUCCGAGUUCGCCCCUAUCUUGAGACUCCUACAAAGGAGGGGGUCUGUGGUUGCUUUCCGUGCCUUUUGUGGCAUGAUGGCCACCAUCUUGGUUGUGAGAUGGCGUUAGCUAGAAAGAAAUUCAUCAAAACAACCUAUAUUAUCUAUUUGGAGCUGGAGAAGGUUCCCACCAGAGAGCCAGAGAUCAUCUUCUUAGAUGAAAAUAUACAGCUGCGCGUGGGGAAUGAGGCAAACACUGUGAACCAACAGCAGCAGGCAACUUCUGAAACAUCUCAGCACAUUGCUCAUGGGAAGGAGAGACGCUGUGUGCUGAAAAGGAAAAUCAGAUGCACAGUGGUGCAGGAGAAAGGUCUAACUGGUGAACUAGAGCCAGAGCCCAGGAUUAUAAUGGAGGAGGCAGAGAGCAUCACCCUGCAGCAGGAGGAGGAAAAAGAGAAUAUCAGUGCACAAGGGAAAAGCACAAAGACAUAUCUCGGUUUUAAUACAGAUGUCUCCCCACAGCAGGAAGAGAAGAGCAACUGUGAGAUCUAUGAGGAAUCUGAUCCCCUGGCUAUAGUUACCAGCCAGAUCCUUGUAGCUGUGGCUGGUCUGAGAGACACAGUGAAAACCAAUGCUCAGGCAGCUGCAGUAAUGUUGACCUCAGUCCUGAAAGAGCACAGGCACAAUAUGAAGGAAAAGGUGCCAGAGAUCAUGGAUAUUAUUUAUUUCCACCUGCAGGCUACCCAGGAGGCCAGUGCCAGACAGGCAGCUAUGGGGGCUGUGUGUUUACUAGCUGAAAAGCACACAAGAGAAGUAGUCUCAGCCCUACUGAGACUCUCACUCCCAUGUGACAGCCAUGUCAGUCACCUCUGGGAGGCCCUAGGCAGAGCCAAAAAAAGUGCCAGCCUCCGGGUGCUUGCUGAGCUCCUGGAGAUGCUGAAAAGAAGACCCUGCCUCAUGAAGAGUGAAACCUCUGAGUCAAGAAGUAGCUUUGAGGAUAAUGCCUCUCUUUUGCCUCUAGCUGCAACAAGGGCCCUGUGCAUAAUAUUCAAUAAUAAAGAGUGCACAGUGCCUAUGGAUGCCUUUUAUGUAUCUGUGUUAAUCUUCCUGAUCAUUCAACUGCAUUACCUGGUGAGCCUCCCAAAGGUUGUGUGUGGCUGGGAGGACAGGUUCCAAACAUCCAGCUUUGUGAGCUGUGCAGUGGAGGCUCUGAAAGCUGUCAUUAAAAGAGAAAAAUCCUCUUUGAUGCAAUCUGUGAGUCUGGCAGGAGGCUGGGACCUUUUAUCUGUGCCAGAGACUUACCUAGAAGGAGUUCUCCUUCUGGCUAGAGCCAUUGUAAAACACCACCGGAGCCUGGAUUUUGCCGUGUUUACCAAGGUGUCCCCUCUCCUGCACCACGGGGAUGACAAACAGAAGCUGACUGCAAUGGCCUUGUUCACUGGGCUUCUCUCUACUGAGUCCACAUAUGUGACAUUAAAACAGCAAUAUAUUCUGGGCCACCUGAAGAACUGGCACAUUGACCCAAGUCCUACUGUCCGUUGGCUUGGUCUUCUUGGACUUGGAAAUGUUGCACUUCACCUGCAGAAGCAGAAAGAAGUCAAAGCCCUGCUUACUGAUAUCCUGGAGACUUUUAAUGACCCUGAGGAGAAGGUAAUUCUGAUGGCUUUUGAGGCUGCUACCAAAAUUGUCACCCACCGCAAGCACAAGGGCCAUCUUGGCACAGAAUUUGUGAAAACUGCCAGACAGCUUCACCCAUUCCUGGCUGAGGAGAGGCACAAAAUAUGCAGUGCUGCAACUGAGCUUUUUGGAGAUCUGCUCAGGGCCCUGAAUGGGAAAGGUAAAUCCCUCAUGCAGGAGCAGGUCCUCAGCAGUAUGGUCCCACUGCUGCUGAAUCUGCAGCACCAGCAUCCUGAUGUGAUCAAGAGCUCUACAGACACCUUACAAGAGUGUAAAGUCUUUUUGGGAUGGACCUUAAAUGACAACCAGGAAUCUUGGGACACUAUCUGUGAGCACCUUAUUGAGCAAUACCCAGGAAGACUAUGGAGCUUCUUACACCAGGCCCAAGAGUAUCUCAGAAGCCCAUGGACUUCUUCAGGAAGAGCUGCUGGCAUAUUCGUAGACAUCAUAAUCCAGCAUAUGGAAUACAGCCUAGUGGAAAAGAAAGCCAUGGAUUUAUUGCAGUGUGUUCUUGUGGAUUUGCUGUUUGAUCCUGAGGCCUCUGUCCAUACCAUCAUCACCAUCCACAUCAAGACAGAGCAGGAAUCAGACGUAACGUGUGCAAUUCUCAAUGAAAAUGGUCUUCUUCCUAGAACUUUAUUUUAUAAUAGUAACAUCCAGCAAUUAACAAUGAAGUCAACUAUUGCCAGCUUUCCUCUGUUAGAUCACCACGUCAAAGAAAUUGCCCUGUUUGUUCUUUGGGUAAAAGUUUUCAGUAAAAGUUGGACAAUUCAACCAAGAAUGUUUACUGAUGUUUAUGAUGGGAUGUACCAAACCCACGCUGGGCUAGAAGGGGUUAAUAAGAACCUGUGGGCUCAAUCAGCCUUGCCCUACUAUACUGGCAAUAGGUGUCGCACCAAGAGGAGAGAGUUAAAAGGACUGAACCCAGCCCUGUUGGGGCUGACCAGGAAGAAAAAGUAG